AAUUGUAUUUAUUUAAUUAAUUAUUAUUUAAUUAAUGAACGCGCACCAUGGGUUGCAUACAAAGCAUCACUUGCAAAUCGAGGAUCAGAAGAGAGAAUAUCGUGGUAUAUGAUGUGUCCGCUACCAUUGAUCAGUGCCCCACGGUGAUCGAGGAGAACUCCCCGAUUGUUUUAAGGUACAAGACCCCGUACUUCAAGGCGUCUUCCCGGGUGGUGAUGCCCCCAGUACCCCGGAACGAAACUUGGGUGGUCGGCUGGAUCCAAACCUGCAACCACAUGGAAUUCUACAACACGUACAGUGACGUGGGCAUGUCCAGCUGGGAACUACCCGACCUGCGUGAAGGCAGGGUGAAAGCCAUUAGCGACUCAGACGGGGUCAGCUACCCUUGGUACGGCAACACCACGGAGACGGUGACGCUGGUCGGCCCCACCAGCAAGGUCUCCCGCUUCACCGUCAGCAUGAACGACAACUUCUACCCCAGCGUGACCUGGGCCGUGCCGGUCAGCGACAGCAACCUGCCCAUGCUGACCCGCAUCAAACGGGACCAGAGCUUCACCACCUGGCUGGUGGCUCUCAACACCGCCACCAAGGAGAAGAUCCUGCUGCAAACCAUCAAGUGGAGGAUGCGAGUGGACAUCGAGGUGGACCCCUACCAGCCCCUGGGACAGCGUGCGAGGCUGGCGGGGCAAGCGCAGCAGGAGCAGCCCAGAGUGCUCACCAGGAUGGAAGCGAUCCCUGCCAAUGCCCUGGUCAAACCCAACGCCAACGACGCACAAGUGCUCAUGUGGAGGCCCAAGAGAGGGCCCCCGAUGGUGGUCAUUCCUCCCAAAUAGGACCGUUUACCGUCAAACAGGAGGAUUUGAAAAGCAGAACUAAGCAACAGCAAAGAUAGAUACUCAUGCGUCUAUCCGGUAACGCCAAUGCAGUUCAUUUCGAGACAGCAGUGACGCGCAUUUGGCCGACUGGCAAGACGAGACAAGAAGUGAUGGCAGUCCUGUUAAAGCUGUACUGACGUGUGUUGUUGCCCUUACCCUCGCCACACAGGUUUCAGGUUUCAGGCUGCAUGUUGAGGUUAAGGGACGGGUAAUGGGUUGGGGUUUGGUAGGUGGUUUCAGGUUUCAGGCUGCAUGUUGAGGUUAAGGGAUGGGUAAUGGGUUGGGGUUUGGUAGGUGGUUUCAGGUUUCAGGCUGCAUGUUGAGGUUAUGGGACGGGUAAUGGGUUGGGGUUUGGUAGGUGGUUUCAGGUUUCAGGCUGCAUGUUGAGGUUAAGGGACGGGUAAUGGGUUGGGGUUUGGUAGGUGGUUUCAGUUUUCAGGCUGCAUGUUUGGGAUAAGGGAAGGCUAGUGGGUUGAGGUUUGGUAGGUGGAGAAGUGUUUACAGUACAUGGACUACUGUAGUUCGAUAGUGAGGUGCAAACAAAGUUGGCCUUUAAAAAAACUAAACAAAAUGAAGGAACAGAUGUCAUUAUUUAUUUCGUAUGGUACACUACUAGUCUGAUAUGGAGGGGAAAGGGCAAGUAUUGAUCAAAAUCGACCUGCAGCUGGAUUCAGCUAACUGAUGGAUCAAUAAUACACAACAGAAGGUGUCUUGGGGUGGCUCUGUGUGCUAUGCAGCUUGUCACACGCGGCGUUGGGUAUUGAUGCACACGGAUUCGUUUUUAGUAUUGUUUGUACUUUGUUUUCGUGAAAGACUUGGUUGAUCCUGAUCUUGAUAUAGAUAUUUGUUUUUAGUAUUGUUUAUACUUUGUUUUCGUGAAAGACUCGGUUGAUCCUGAUCUUGAUAUUGAUUGCCCAGUUGGUUGCCCCUGUUUUAUUGGGUGCGUUGUGCUUUACUUUUUCCCAGCGUGCAUCAUUUCUUGGUUGAGCUGCUUCUUCAAGGGCAGGUAUUGGUUAACAACAGAAAGCUUGUGAGACACAUUAUGGAUUUUGAUGCUAAUGAUUCCAGAUGCAAUGGGGGUAUACUGCUAUACUUGGAUUUAAAUGAAUAAUAUAGAGUGUUUUGUUUUCUUUGGGGUAAGAUUUACACUAUACAGAGCUCUGGAGCGAAGCACGGUACCUAUCUUAUCCUUCAGCCCGUAAUAUAUGUUUACAAUAGAUGGAGUGUUUCCCGUGUACAGCCCUGUUCAAGCUUGCUUUGUUACGUUCUGUUUUAUAAGCCGAGUAGCACAGUGGAACUGUCCAUGGUGCUGAUUGUAUGAACUGUGCCAGGAUUCUCUACACAGGAGCCUUUUUAUACAACUCAACAGGCGCCAGCCAGGAAAAGGCUGAGCAUUUUGUUCAUGUUGCAGUGCUUUAAGAAGUGCAUGCAUGCAGUAUGUUUAUAAAAUGAAGCAAGAGUUUUUAAAAAAAUGUCAUUGUCAAUGUGUUUUAUUUUGUCCAGUAUGUUAAAAGUCAUUGCAAGAAAAAUGAAACUACAAAGAAUAACAAAGUGCCAUACUAAAUGUAUUAUAGAAACCUGCUAGCAUCUGUACAAGUGGCUACAACUGGUUUAACUGGGGGGGGGGGGGUCUUGAAAUAGAGCAUGAUUCAUCGACAGUGUGUCUGAAAAAACAAUAUGACCCUGCACUAUCAAAACUUAAUUAAUUGCUAACUGCCAAUGCAAAUAACUGAAGAAGGCUCUCAGCUAAAAAUGUGAUUAAUCUUGAAUACUCCAGACAAGCCUUUCCUAACAUUCUUCCUCCCUCUCAAUCAUUUUCUCACAUACAGUAAGACAUGCAUGUAAGCUGGUUGUGAUAUUGCACAGCUGUAGAGUUGAGCAUCAUAAAUCUUUUAUUAGGCACAUUUUGCUUUAAAAAGUAUCUGUGUAAUGCACUCUGGCACCAGUGAAGUAUUCAUUAAAGGGUACAUUUCCGUGAGAUUUGAUUCUCCUCUGUUUAAUGUCCUGUUGUGUUUAGAUCAUUAUUUGCCAUGGUUACUAUAACUAUUAUAACUCAUCCUGCAACUAUUGCUUCUUAAAAGACUCCUCGGUAUUGGAGAAGCAUAUCCGUGCUGCACAGGCUUUAUUAACGGGUCUCAGUGCACAGCACAGCGUUAUCAGGGACCCCAGAGUCAAUCUUCAGGAGUCUUUUCAGAAGCAGCGUUUGCUGGAAUCGUUAGUAAACAUGCCACAUAAUUAUUUCAGCACAAAUGGCAACAGAAGGGCACACAGAACGCAAACAAUAGGUAUUAAACAGAACAGAAAGGCACAUUUGGAAAAAGUAGAUAAUAUAAAAUAUCCUUUUAAGUUGAAUUGCAUACAUUUUACUUUGUUCAGCAUUGUCCUUUCAUUUGGUUACGGUUUAUUUUGUACUUUGCAGUAUUGAUUAAAAACAAAAGAGCAGUCAGUGAGUAUUGAUGAAGAACAGAUGCGUAGGCUUCAUGUUAAAUAAAGUUCUACUGCAGUAUUUUAAGCACAUCAGUACACAAAAUAAGACAGACUGGAAUGGAGCAGAAUCCUUAGCUGUGAUUGGUCUGGUUUUCUACUGAUGUCAUUUAUAACGGGGGUAACUACAGCUAUUGCUGCAGCACAUCUGGUUUUCUUGAACAAGUAUCUAGUGAUUAGUCUUUAAACAGUCAAGACCUUCGUUUCCCAGGGUUAUUUUUACAAGUGAGAAACGUCUUGCCUCUCUGGAACAUGUGCAUGGUGAUAAUGAAACUGAGCAAUGCGUUGACGCACACAGGCACUCAGCAGCAGAGGCACUGUGACAGGCUUACAUUACAGCACAGUACUCGUGCCACAAAGUGCAUCGAAGAACGAUGCAGGAGAGAACAUUCAGGUGCUUGAUAAGCCCUGCUGAUGUGUUUAAAGACCCUGACAUUCUGUUAUUGUCAUGGUAGAUCUUGUUCUGGCUUGCAGAAGUGUUGAUCAGAGGUGUCUAUAAUAAUUCUUCCUGUUCCAGACGAUACUGUAGAGCCAUUAAAGACACUUCCGGUAUCAUUGAAGUUCAAGGCAAAGCCUAGUCAGUCAACACCAUCUGUAGCUACAGGAAAUACAGCUCUUUAAACCCAGUGCUGGAGAAACUGAUGCCCGACAACCACUCCGCAUGAAAGAGCACACAUCAUCAGAAACAAUUCGGUGCAAAUGACUAUUUGAAUAUGAUCAUGUUCCUUCAUUUCAAGGUCAACAGGAUGCAAUGCAAAAAAAAAAAAAAAAAAAACGUAUUAUUUGGUUUUUAUUCCUUCUUACUGUUUAUCCAUAAAAUGUAAAAGCAUUUCGCUGUGUUUUUUUUUUUUUAUUUGAAGGCACAUUAAUUUCCACGGAGAACUGUGUGCCCCUGCGGGAAUGGAAGGUUGUAAUAUCCAAUGAAAUGGACACAGCGAGUAUGCCCAGAUGAAGCCGGGCACUGUGUUCACACCACCUACACUUAGUGCAUACUAAUGUAUUACUCACGGGUGCGCUGCAGCGCCACACGCAGCUUGCCAUGCCAUUCAUCAUCCACCUCCUCUUUCGCGAGAUAUUUUUGUAAACUGUAAACACACUUGAUUAUCACCCGUCACAGCCCGCCUCCGGCUUGCAGCGCGCUCUGCGUUAACUGCAUUCUCAGACUGCUUCCAGCAUCAAUUACUUGCUCGCUUGAAAUAUUUAUCAAGGUGUUUACUCAGGAAAAAGCCUCUGUGAAGAUUUCCUUGAUUUACAUUGCUAACCUGGUGGCAGCUGUGGUGCUGUUUUGUUUAAACUAAUGGAAUAGUCAAUAAACAUCAAUUAAACAUCAAUUAAACAUCCAAUAAACAUCGAUGAUUAAACAUCAAUUAAACAUCCAAUAAACAUCGAUUAAAACGGGUUUUAAAACGCUCAGAAGUAAAAAAAAAACCUCUUCCCAGCUCUGCACAGGUGCUGUGGCUUCAAGACGCUGUAUUCCAGUUCCCUAAUCACUGAGCCACUCAAACCAGUUUAACACAUGUGGAAUCAGGUUUUAUCACAAUGGUUAUUUUGUUAAAUACUCAGUUUGUGGCGAAAUGUUUUUUUUUUGUUGUUGUUUUUGUUUUUUUAAAUAAUCAUUUUGCCAGUCACCCGCCCUCUCAAUAAAAUUAUAAAAGCUGUUAAAAAUUAUAAACAAUAAA